AUGCCUGUUCUGCACUUGGCUGUACUCCUGCGUGAGUGGGGAGAGUACGACGUCGCCAACCCCAAAGAGGAGCAGUGCAUCCAGCGCUUUCGCCUGGACCGUGAGGCCAUCAUCUACCUCUGCCGACUGCUGGAAGAACAGCUUUCCGGUCGCAGCAACCACCCACUUGCCCUACCAGUCAUCCUCAAAAUGACUACAGCGCUGUCGGUCCUGGCAUCUGGGUCGUUUCAGAGGGUGGCUGGUGAUGCGCUGCACAUCUCUCAGGCGUCGGUGUCGAGGUGUCUGACCCAGUUCGUUGACGCGAUGCUGGCCCACACCAGGCAAUUCGUAAAAAUGCCAGAGACGCCCGCUGAAAGGCGGCGAAUCAAGUUGGGCUUCCACCGGGUGGCCGGUUUCCCAAAUAUUGUGGGGGCAAUUGAUUGCACCCACAUAUCAAUCAGGACUCCCUCUGUCAAUGAAAAUGUGUACAGGGAUCGCAAACGGUGGCACAGCAUAAAUGUUCAGGUGUUGUGUGACCACGACACACGAAUUUUGAGCAUCUGUGCCAAAUUCCCUGGCUCGGCUCACGACGCCUUCAUUUUGCGCAACUCCUCAUUGUGUCAGAUAAUGACCGAGUUGGCUGAUGGAGAUACCUGGCUAAUUGGAGACCGGGGAUACCCUCUAUUGCCGUGGUUGAUGACCCCGUUCCACAACCCCACCACCGACAGCCAGGAAAGAUAUAAUCACGCGCACGCAGUCACCAGAAGCGCCAUAGAGCGCACGUUUGGCAUCCUAAAAAGUCGCUUCAGGUGUCUGGAUGACUCUGGUGGCUGCAUGCUCAUACACCCCGACAAGGCGUGCCGUGUUACGGUUGUGUGCUGCAUGGGGAUGCUGCGCCUGCAUCUGCCCACCGCAGCCACAUCCUCAACGAUUUGCGACCAGAUCGCACUUUUUUGGCGUGAAUCGGCCUUCAAUGCGGCCGCACCAAAUAAAAGAUUAUGGUGUGUUUUCACACACUGCACCAGAACCUCCAGCUCCUCCUCAGAAAAAUGUGGCUUCCUAGUUCGACCAGAGUUCGCCAUCAUUGCCUUCAUGUUCCAUUCACAAAUGUGUCAUUAUAUACUUGAACUUGAGCAGUACCUGGGCCAAUAG